AGCGGAAUCCCGGAAGCGAUCGGGUCCACCUGGACUCUCCCGGGAUGGUUGGUGUGUCUGGGGCGAGGGCGGGGGCAACCCACCGUGUCGGCCCGGUUCCGGAGCUAUGUCCAACUUCAAGAAGCAAGUGUUUGUUGGAAAAGUACUGAAGAAACUUUUUCCUGAUGUUCCAAGUGGCCAAGAAAAGCUUGCACCAGCGACCCUGGCCUCAGAAAAACCACCUGAAAAGGUGAGGCCUAAGAAAGCGAACCUCAGGGGAGUUCAGCCUUUGACAGGUACUGUUGUUGGCAGGUUGAGAAUCCCUGAAAUAAAUAUUUUAAAUUCCUUUUCUAUUGGAAACAAGAUUCAAUGGAAAUUUUACUUAGCCUAUCACGUUUAUUAUGGUUCCGUUUUACCGAAACUUGUUGCAUUUUAUUUUUCUUUUAUAGAUGAGGAUCCUCAUGACCAACCAAAGAGAAAAAGAAUUAGAAGGCGUAAAUCAAAGAAAAAUGUAAAAAAUCCCAAUAAUGUCCAUGUAGAACAAGCAGAAUUAGAGAAACAGCAGAGUCUUUUAGGAGAAAAAUUACAGCCACAGCACACGGAUGGCCCCAUAAUAAGCAAAAAUAAAAAAAGGAAACUGAAAAAGAAGGAGCAAAUUAAAAAGAAGAAAGUAGCUGGCUUACUAACAAAAGCUUCUGGCAUCAAUUUCAUGUACCAGCCUGAGGAGAGGAACAGUGAACAAGAAGAAUUAAGAAAUACUGAUGAGGAAGAUGGUAAGGACGGCAAUGAGGAAGACAUUCAAGACACCAACCAGGAAGAUGUUAAAGACACCAAUGAGGAAGACAUUCAAGACACCAACCAGGAAGAUGUUAAAGACACCGAUGAGGAAGACAUUCAAGACACCAACCAGGAAGAUGUUAAAGGCAUCAGUGAGGAAGAUGUUAAAAGUACCAAUGAAAAGGCAGAUGGUAUCCUAAACUUCUUGAAGUCCACACACGAAAUUUAUCUCUAUGAUGGUGUCUCCAAAGAUUCAGAUUCAGCUGUCUUUAUGGAAACCACUGAAGAACUAUUUGAACAGCUUGAAUCUCACAGCCUGUCUCCCUCAGAUGUGUUCAUUCUGGAUCACAUGAAAACGCUGUUACUUUUGCAAGAUACUGAAAGAUUGAAGAGCGCUCUGGAAAUGUUCCCAGAACAUUGCAGGAUGCCUCCUGAUCAUGUCAGAGUAAUCUCAACUUUCUUUAAUUACUGGAUUACACAUAUUCUUCCUCAGAGAAACAGUGAAUAAAAUCAGUAUAUCUAAGAAGAGUUAAAAUUUAACAAUACAAAGGAAAUAUGAAGUGGGCUGAGACUUAAUUCCUGUGUAUGAAGAUGAUGACAUUCCCUAUUUUUUCUUUGAAACCCGAAACCUGUGAACUUUGAAGACGUGUACCAUAUUAUUUAUUCAUGUGUUUGUACAUAGUGGGUCAGGUGUCAUCUGAGACUUCAAAUGAAAAUUUGGGUAAAAAUGAAAACUUUUUUCACUUAUUUGCAAUUGUAAAUGUCUUGAAUUAGUACAUAGAGAUUCUGUUUUUCUAAUUCUAAAAAUUGAAAAUGGACAUUCUGUUAAAUUGAAUAAACUAUAUAGUUUGAGGCUGUUAUAUUUUUGUAAAGUUUUAAAUCACCUUGUAUCAGAAAGUCUGCAUUUUAAGAAUGCUUUAUGGAAAUUAAAAUGUUCUGGUUUAAGUACUUUGAUUACAGUUGAAUUUCUUCUUUUUCCUCCCUCUUCUCGACUUUGAGAAUAAAAAUUGUUUUUUCCUGUUUGACCUUUCUUUUCAUCUUGGAAGCGGCCACUGGUUUCCACUCUUACUGUGUUUUGAAGACACCGUUCCAUUGGUACGACUUUUUAGGAGGGUACUGGCUCU